UCUCUGGAUUGAUUCGAUACCGAAACUGGCCCUGCUGUGGAGUUGUGUCGUGCUAUGUUUGCAUGGUGAACGAGCAGGUAAACAAACGCACGUCCUUGGGCUGUCGCUUGGGAGCACCUUCAAAGCUUCUGCUGAUUUUAGUUGUGCCCAUCAAGAUCUAGCCAUCUUCUGCAUCGUUGACAACAUUUAGCCGCAAGUGCUGAUUGUUGCUGGUUGGCUUAGUCCAGGAUCUGGCUGAAACCAGCAUCGCACACAUCUCGCCUGCCACUUCAGAACUCCCAUUUCCGGCCUCACAAAUGCGAUGAGCCUAGCUGAAAGCAUCGCGGCCAAAACGGCAUGCCACGGCCCUUCCAAGGUUGCCGGUCAGGUCGAGGUUGGCAUGCAGUGCAGCUUGCCUCUGGCUGACAAGUCUGUCGGGUGCUCGUUCAAAGCAGGGAGCGAGUCUAGGAGCGUGCAGACUACGCAGACUGUGGAUCAGUUAAGCUCCACGUCAGCAUCAAGGCCUUCUAUUUCGUCAACUGCCAAAUGUGACAACUCAAAGCCAGGAUGCCUCCAUCGAUGUCACCUAUGUGACUAUGAGGCUGAUAAACUGUGUCAUCUGGAAGCACAUGCCAGAAUCCAUAGUGGCGAGAAGUCAUUUCAGUGCCCUUCAUGCCAUAGGAGCUUGUCAAACAGAUACAGCUUAAACGUUCACCUGCGCAUCCACACAGGCGAUAAGCCAUUUGAGUGCCCUUUAUGCCCUCAGAGCUUCACACAAAAGUGCCACCUCAAAGACCACCUGCGCACCCACACCGGCGAGAAGCCAUUUGAGUGCCCUUCAUGCUCUCAGAGCUUCUCACAACAGGCCCACCUAAAAGCCCACCUGCGCUCCCACACAGGUGAGAAGCCAUAUCAGUGCCCCUCAUGCUCUCAGAGCUUCACAUACAAGGCUAAUCUGAAAGUUCACCUGCGCACCCACACAGGUGAGAGGCCAUAUCAGUGCCCUUCAUGCUCUCGGGGCUUCAAAAACAGAUAUGACUUAAAGUGCCAUCUGCGCACCCACACAGGUGAGAAGCCAUUUGAGUGCACUUCAUGCUCUCAGAGCUUCUCACAACAGGCCCACCUGAAAGCCCAUUUGCGCACCCACACGGGUGAAAAGCCAUUUCAGUGCCCUUCAUGCUCUCAGAGUUUCUCACAACAGGCCCACCUGAAAGCCCAUCUGCGUACCCACACAGGCGAGAAGCCAUAUCAAUGCUCUUCAUGCUCUCAGAGCUUCUCACACAAGUGUCACCUGAAAGUCCACCUGCGCACCCACACAGGUGAGAAGCCAUAUCAGUGCCCCUCAUGCUCUCAGAGCUUCUCAUACAAGGGUCACCUGAAAGUCCACCUGCGCACCCACACAGGUGAGAAGCCAUAUCAGUGCCCUUCAUGCUCUCAGAGCUUCUCACAAAAUGGCCACCUUAAGAGACACAUGAGGCGAGAAGCUAUUUCAAUGCCUGUUAUGCCUUCAGAGAUCCUCGUUGAAGAAUGCCCUGAAGACACACUAGCGCGUUCAUGCAGGUGACCGGCCACAUAGUUGUGUCUGCUCCUGGUCCUUUACGCUGUCUCAUCACUUAAGCAGACAUAAGAGAUCACAGUGCUAUGAUACUGUAGGGUAGGUCAACAACCAUGUUGAACAGUAGCCCGAAAUAUAAAUGUAUAUAAAAUGAAAUGUAAAUAAGUAUAUUGUGAGCAUUAUAUUACCCCUUCAUCUUCUUCAUCUGUAUAUAUUAAUCAUCAUGGCCAGCAUCAUCUUCUUCAGCGCAUGAGCUGCGAAAUUAAUCAUUGAGGCCUAACAGCUGUCUCGCAAGUGGUGGAUGUGCAGGGUAUCGAUCCCCGUACCUCUCUCAGAGCAAUGUUCAGAGCGAACGUUGGGAGCGCCAAAAAUCUGCCGAAGCUGGCGUUUGAAUGCCGCCCAGUCACGCAAGGUGCUCUCGUGGUUGAGAAAACAAGUCCUGGCAACGUCAGUGAGGUAGAAUGCGACGUUGCGAAGCUUGUACAUGUUAUCCCACCGGUUAGACUCACUCACGUGGUCAUAAUUGUCCAGCCAGUCAUCAACGUCGUCACUAUGAAGGCCAGCAAACAUGGUGGGAUCGUGCUGCCACGUGCUGACGGUCCAUGAAGGAACGGCCGGUGGGGCAGAGAUGGUGAGGCCGGAGGCUCCUGGAGGAUCUUCUUGGGGCAUGCUGGCGGAAAGGCGGAGCAAGUGGCGGCCUGAACGAAGCUCCAGAGAAACUCGAAGGCGUAGAGGACCAAGGGAUCGAAAGCAGCCUCGACCACUUGCAAGACAGCUGCUAAGCCUCAACGGUUUAUUUCACAGCUCGCGCGCUGAAGAUGAAGGGGUAAUAUAAUGCUCACAACAUAUCUACAAAUGUGUAGCAUGUUGCAUGGUGUUCUACUGCAUCAAGUAGCACAAGUGUCUCCAUGUGCUCAUAAGAGGAAAGUUUAGCUCAGGCCCAACUCUGAUGCAGCCUAUUCAAAUACAUGUAAAAUCCAAGAACACUUUUCUGAGAUAACUACUGGACCAAUUAUUAGGAAAUUUGUUGCUUUUGAGACAAAAAGAUAAAUUCUAGUGAGUGCUGGAUGCAGAAUCUUGAUUUAAGACAUUAAUGUUAUAAUAGCAAUUUACAAAGGUUUGAUAAAUUUGUAGCUCUACACCUAGAAUAGAUAUAGCAGUUUUGUAAACUGCAUACGGUAGAUCAUCCAAAGCGGAGAAAUUCGAUGUAUCAAUUGAUAUCUUUCGUCAACUUGCUACAUUGUUUAUAAGGUUUUUGCAAAGUCCUACUCACAUAUUAGUGCUAUAUUUGAAAGCCUUAUUUAUUAUAUCAGUUUUGUCCGCUUUAGAUGUCCUAUUCGAUGCAUUUUACAGAAUUGUUAUAUCAUUUUUCAUUGCUGAGUUAGAGUUGUAAACUUCGUAGUUCCGUUAUCUGAAAAUUUGUGAUCUUCAACA